AAAGAGAAUAACAUGAGAAUGUCGACAUAUUUAGCUAAGUAUAGACAAAGUUUGAGAGAGGAUUUGGAUCGCGUCAGUCUCUCAUCAGUGUUGAGCUGCCACGGAGCAGCCUGUUCUUGCUGACAAUGUCGACACUCUUUCUCCAACAUUCUUCCUUCUUUUCGGUUUCUCACAUAUAAUAAAGGUUUGGCUUUCUGCGCAUUAAUCCCGAGAAAGAAGAAGAAUAUACUCUCUCUUUGUUCCCCAUGAUCAUCGUCGAUAUUCUUUGGAAAUCGUUACCUCUGUACUUGUUCGGUGGUGGAUCAGGAACAGAUUCUCUCUCGGAGUCAAUUUUGCAGAUGAUGGCGUCUCCCAAAAUCCUCUGUGACGCCGGCGAAUCUGACCUCUGCAGAGACGACUCAGCUGCGUUUGUACUCAAAUUCGUAGCCAUUGCAUCCAUCUUCCUAUCUGGAGCAGCUGGUGUAGCCAUACCUCUCGUUGGCAAGAACCGCCGCUUCCUUCAAACGGAAGGGAACCUCUUUGUAUCUGCUAAGGCCUUUGCAGCUGGUGUCAUACUAGCAACUGGCUUUGUCCACAUGCUUGCUGGUGGCACUGAAGCUCUCACCAAUGCUUGUUUGCCGGAGUUCCCUUGGUCUAAGUUUCCAUUUCCUGGGUUCUUUGCUAUGGUGGCUGCUUUGAUCACACUGCUUGUGGAUUUCAUGGGGACUCAGUAUUAUGAGAGGAGGCAAGAGAGGAGUGAUGAUGCUACUGCUGCUAGUGAAGCUUCCGCUGCUGUUGGUGUUGAGUCUGGUCGUGAAGAGGCGUCUAUUGUUCCUGUGGUUGUGGAAAGAGUGAGUGAUGGUAAUAAUAAAGUGUUUGGUGAAGAGGAAGGUGGCGGGAUGCACAUUGUUGGCAUCCGUGCUCAUGCUGCUCACCAUAGACAUAGUCACUCUAAUGGCCUUGGUACAUGCGAUGGACAUGGGCAUUCACACGGACAUGGACAUCAAGAUGUUGGAAAUGGAGCUAGGCAUGUUGUUGUUUCUCAGAUAUUGGAGCUUGGGAUUGUAUCUCACUCAAUCAUCAUCGGUCUAUCCCUCGGAGUAUCGCAGUCUCCAUGCACGAUCAGACCCUUAAUAGCAGCUCUAUCAUUUCACCAGUUCUUUGAAGGGUUUGCGCUCGGAGGCUGCAUCUCUCAAGCACAGUUUAAGAACAAAUCAGCGACCGUAAUGGCUUGCUUCUUCGCGCUGACAACGCCUGUAGGGAUCGGGAUCGGAACGGCGGUGGCCUCGUCUUUCAACUCGCAUAGCCCUGGAGCUCUGGUGGCCGAGGGUAUACUGGACUCGCUCUCGGCUGGGAUACUGGUGUACAUGGCUCUGGUGGACCUGAUCGCAGCUGAUUUUCUAAGCAAGAGGAUGAGCUGUAAUGUGAGGCUUCAAGUUGUGUCUUAUGUAAUGUUGUUCCUUGGAGCUGGACUUAUGUCCGCUCUUGCCAUUUGGGCGUAGCUCUUGUAGAUUGCAUGCUAUUGAUCUUCCGUAGAAACAAAUAAAUAUACGUCCUCGCAAGUUCUUCUCUA